AUCAGACCUCAGAGUGGGCGGGGCCUGCUGCUGCACGUACAGAAGCCAGAAUCAAAUGAACCUGUUGACAUUUUUCACCAGCAGCUCAACGACAAGAAAAGGGAUGUUUUUGAUUAAACUCCUGGACCACAUGCUGUCAAUAUGGACGUUUUUCUAUAUGAUAACGCUAAACAUCUUCAUCAGGGUUAUACAAUUUGUUUGGCCAAGCCUCGCCAAGAAACAAAUACUCAAAAUGGGCGAGAAAACGACGAUGACCCAGAACACCAGGUUUAAGUAUGAAGACUGGGCUCCGGCUGUGACAUCACUGAACUUUGUCAAAACUGCCACUUUGCACCUGUGGCUUUCUCUGGGUCAGGAGGCGUUCGUAGGAGGAGAAGCUCCGGACUCACCAGUGGUCACCAUGGACGGAGAGAAAACCAGUAUCCACAAGUACCUGAGAGGCAACAGACCGCUGGUGCUGAGUUUUGGGAGUUGCACUUGACCCCCGUUCAUGUUCAAACUUGAGGAGUUCAAAGAGCUCGUCAAGGACUUUGGGGAUGUGGCAGACUUUCUGGUGAUCUACAUCGCUGAGGCGCAUUCAACAGAUGGUUGGGCCUUUCGCAACAACAUAGACAUCAAACAGCACCGGAGCCUGGAGGACCGGCUGUCUGCAGCACGGAUCCUGGUCCAGAAAGACCCCCUGUGUCCGGUGGUCGUAGACGAAAUGACUGACAUCGCAGCCAUCAAGUACGCCGCUCUGCCUGAGAGGCUUUACGUGCUACAGGCUGGGAGAGUCGUCUAUAAGGGGCGUAUGGGGCCUUGGGGCUACAAACCAUUGGAGGUGCGUUUGUUCCUGCAGAAGAUGAAGUAGGAAGAAAAUGUUUUUAAGCCCAGCUGUAUGUUCACCCUGUCUUUCUGUUCUGUUGGUAGGACUUCAGUUUGCUCUGUACAUGAGAGCAAAUGCAUCACUGCUAUAUCACAAAGUUCUACUUUUUGUGUUUAUUUUUUUUAGUUUUAGCGACACUGGUCAUCUGACAGAAUGUUUUAUAUCAAGAUCAGUUUUAGACAACCUUCUGAAUGUUCACACGUGUUGUGUUACGGCUCUCCUGUAAUCGAACACAAACUCAGCCAUCAGUGUUCUCUGUGUUUCUUCAUGACGGCUACAGAUUAAACCACAUGGCUUCUGCAGCCAGAUAAAGUGAAACACUGGGACCAUCUGGUUGGAGUUUGUUUGAGGUGUCUGAACAUGCAGGAAAUGUGGUAGAUAUGCAUACUGUGAAAAUCAGUCCAUUUUCUUGCAGUCAGUUAUCAAUAAACGUGUUCAGUGUUACUGUACCAUCUCAUCAAGGAUUUAUGUUGUCAUAAAUGCUCCAAGGUAACUCGCAAGAGACAGUGUUUUACAUGAUUAUUACAGUGUAAACCUCUGGGAACUGUAAUUUGAUGACUUUAAAACGGGCAUUUGUCUCACCUUCUUUGGAACACUUAUGAUUUAACAGCAUGUAUGUAAUCAUGCAUUUUAUUGUAUUAAAAUAAAAUUGCUUUAAAGAUACA